AUGCCUUUACUAACUACGAGUUCUCUCCAAACGGAAGAAUUUGGUUCCUUUGGAAGAAAGGAAUUGAUAUUUCUUUCUGUCACUCUUCUACCCAAAAGUAUCACUGUUAAUUGCUCUUAUAUUGACUCUCAUUUCAUCAUCACUGCUAUCUAUGGCAACAACUGUGGUCCUACCCGUAGAAUUCUUUGGCAAACCCUUAAAGACAUUGAUCAUAGGUUUGGCUCCCUUCCUUGGAUCCUAGGAGGGGAUUUCAAUAAUUUUCUUGACUCCAAAGAAAGUUCAGACUCUGAUCUCCUAGGUCCUUACAUUUCUCCUGAUAUGGUUGAUUUUCAAAAUGUUACUCAAGAUCUUUCCUUACAAGAUCAUCCGUUUUUUGGUCCAACCUUCACUUGGAGCAACAUACAAAGAGAAUCUUACAUAGCAAUGAAACUUUAUAGAGUUCUCAUCAAUUCUCUUUGGGCUACCACUUUUCAGAACUCUUUUGUUGAAUUCACUACCCCUGGGCCUUCAGAUCACUGUAUGGGUCUUGCAUGGCCUUCCCAUGGUAACCAUAUGCAGAAAUUAUUUACUAAGCUCAAACGUCUUAAACCUUGUUUACAUAAUCUAAACCAUGAUCAUUUCAGUAACAUUUCUGCUAAGGUUAAACAAAAGAAGGCUAAGCUGAAUCAUAUUCAAAUUGAAACUCUUAAAGGCACCUCCUCUAUUGAUAAAGAACUGAUUGCUCAAAAGGAGCUGAAGGAUUUAGAGGACUCUGAGCAUAUGUUCCUUAAGCAUAAAUCCAAAAUACAGUGGAUUAAAGAUGGUGAUAAAUGCACUAAACUUUUCCACUCUUCCAUUGCUUCAAAAAAUAAGAGAGAUACCAUCAGAGUUCUUUUUAACAAUGAUGGUAAAAGGCUUGAUUCUUAUGAUGCUAUAACAUCUGAAAUCAUUGAUUUUUUCAAACACCAUUUAGGAGAGGAUGUUAUCAAUGCUAUUAAAUAUUUCUUUAAAGAGGCUCACAUAAGCCCUGCUUUAAACUCCACAAAAAUAGCUUUGAUUCCAAAAAUUCCAAACCCUAGUAAAAUCAAAGACUAUAGACAUAUUUCCUGUUGUUCUGUGGUGUAUAAAACUGUCACUAAAAUUCUUGUCAAAAGACUGAAUCUUCUACUACCUGAUCUUAUAUCACUAAAUCAAACAGCUUUUGUGAAAGGUAUAUCUAUAAUUGACAACACUCUCAUCGCUCAAGAAUUGGUGAAAGGGCUGCCCUCACAUUUAUUAAGUGAAUUGAAGCUUGUUUCAGGGAAGCUAGGAUUCAACCCAGGUUUCCUUCCUGUUAGAUACCUUGGUGUUCCUCUUGUUACUAGAAAGUUAACUGCUAAAUAUUGUCUGCCUCUUAUUGAAAAUAUCAAACAAAGGCUUCAUCAUUGGUCUGGGAAAUUAUUAAGUUAUGCAGAUAUGGCUGCUACAGGAGCUAGAAUCAGUUGGGAGAAUUUAUGCUGCCCCAAAUCCGAAGGCGGAACAAGAUCUUUGUGGGUUGCCUGGAUUCAUUCCUAUGUGAUUAAAUGCAAUAAUUUCAAUGAUAUAAAUGAAAGCUCUUCUUAUAGUUGGUGCUCCAUGAAACUUAUUAAACUUCGAAGCGAAGCACUUCAUAUUCUAAGCAAUGGAAUUUCGAAGACAAGAGAUCUAUGGGAGGAAAUCAGAGUCCAUAAAGCAAAG